CAGUGCGCGUGCGUGUGCGUCUGAAGGCCUGGGGACGCACGCACGCAGCGGAACUGAAGCCGAGUGGAAGUCAUCAUGAACUCGCUGGAGCAGGCAGAAGACCUGAAGGCCUUCGAGAGGCGACUGACAGAGUAUGUAUCCUGCUUACAACCCGCCACCGGCCGCUGGAGAAUGAUCCUGAUCGUGGUGUCAGUGUGUACCGCUACAGGAGCCUGGAACUGGCUGAUCGACCCCGACACACAGAAGGUGUCCUUCUUCUCGUCGCUAUGGAACCAUCCCUUCUUCACCAUCUCCUGCAUUACUCUGAUUGGUCUGUUCUUCGCCGGAAUCCACAAACGCGUCGUCGCCCCCUCCAUAAUUGCUGCUCGCUGCCGGACAGUGCUAGCGGAAUACAACAUGUCCUGUGACGACACGGGGAAGUUGAUCCUGAAGCCGCGACCUCACAUCCAAUAGCAGCCCGGCUUCCUGUGACGGACAUGAGGAUGCACCAAUCAGCAGAGAGGACGUGAAGCUCCCACCAAUCAGCAGUGCAGAGAGGCGGGCCGGCUGCACCAGGGGGGCGGGGCAUGGGUGUGGCUGGGCACAGGAGUCACCAAUGAACUGAUCAUAUAACACAGGAAGUGUUUCCAUGGAGACCGCCGGAUAGAGGAAGUGUUUCCAUGGAGACCAGAUGCACUGCUGUUCGGGAUAACAGACCAGGGGUGCAUUUCUCAAAAGCAUAGUUGUUAGCCAGUUAGCAACUUGGGUAGUUGCCAAUGGGAAAUUGCAUUGCAAACAACAAAGAAGCUAACGUAGUUAGCAACUAUGGUUUCAAGAAAUGCACCCUAGUAGUAGAGAGGAACUGCUGCUGUUGAGAGAGAGAGAGAGAGAGAGCGAGAGCGCGUGAGUGUCUGUGUGUGUGUGAGUAUGUGUGUGAGUAUGUGUGCAUGUUCACUUCUUGUACACCUGAGGAUUAUUCCAAGAGCCUGGCUUAGCAGUAAACUAGGUUAAGUUAACCUCGAGGUAGCUGUAAAUCACCUAAUAGAAGAGCCUGGACUCCUCAUUUUCUAAACUAAAUGAGGUUUUUAGCCUAGUCUAUUAGCAGGUUUAUCACUUAGCCAUGUUCUUGGAGUAUCAACCUGUGUGUGUGUGUGUGUGUGUGUGUGUGUGUGUGUGUGUGUGUGUGUGUGUGUGUGUGUGUGUGUGUGUGUGUGUGUGUACUUGCAUAACUUUGUAUGCGUGUGUUCACUUCUUCUACGUGUGUGUGUGUGUGUGUGUACUUGCAUAACUUUGUAUGCGUGUGUGCACUUCUUGUGUGUGUGUGUGUGUGUGUGUUAUGGUGUUAUUGUCUGUAUUUUAUCAGCUUUAAAGCCUUGUAAUAAUAAAGAUUGAUGAUGUUUUGGAAA